AUGAAAUUUCUUAUUGUUAAUGGUUAUCAUGCUUCUCGGAACAACUUUAAGUUAAUCGAAUAAUUCAAGUAGUUAAUAUGGGAUGUACAAAUAUAAUUUAGUUAGAUUACAUAAUAAUUAAAAGAAGUUGCGGAUGUUGAAUUCGAUUUUGCAAUUGCUGAUAGGCAUUCAGUACAGGAAUAUCUCUUUGAACCUGAAACAUCUCUAGUUCGACCAGAACAUGGAUUGAAAUUCGAUGCUCUCGACAUGAUCUUCAUAGCCGCAUCUCCAAAUGUUCGUCCAUGGCAUAAUAGAAUGAGGAGUGUAAGUGAAUAUCAUUACAUAAGAUAAUCACGCUUAUUCGAAUGUGUUUAAAAACAAAAAAACUUUUAUUUAUGACUUCUUUUGGUGCUUAAGCGCUUGCAUAUUUAUGUGCCACAAACAUUUAAAAUGUAUAAAAUAGUAAUUAAUUGUAUAUAGUAUAUAAAUAUAACUAAUGGAUAUGGUGAGGGAUGCAAGCUAGUAGAUUUUCCAAAAUAUACAAAUUAAGCCUUAAAAAAUGGGUCUGAUGACUUCUUUUUGGAUUCCACAACUGGUGAUAUCUAUUUCUACAGCAAAUAAACUGAUGAAUGGAUACCUAAAGCCAAUGUAGGAAUUCAUCAUCGAAGAGAUGCUAUGGAAUAUUAAUCCAUAGGGAAGUUUGUAGUUAAAUCUCCAACUUACAAACCUAAAUAAUAGAUGCUCAGUAACUAAACUGAAAUGACCUGCAUUAUCAAAAAAUAGUUCUUAAAUUAUUGGUUGUUUAAAGAUGUUUAAAUGGAAUUCUCAAUUAAAUAAUCUAAUGCAUGGGACAUACACACAAUAACAUUCGUUAACCCAGAAAAAGUUUAUUUUUGUUUAUAUAUGAUAUAGAGAUUUUCAGUUUUAGCAGAAAAUAAUUUUCGAGGACCUCUAAUUCUAUAAUGUGACAAUAUUUUAGCCUUGCUCUUUGAAAUCGAAAGUAAAUCCAGAGAUCAAUUCAAUAUCAUUCAAAAUUUUAUUGAAAAUGGAAUUAAAACCAUAAGAUAUUCUAAUCAUUAUGUAUAAGUUAACAAAUCAAUUUUAGAAUCAAAUCAGCAUUACCUAUGAAAAAUAUUUUAAUAAUUAAAAAGGUAUCAAAAAUAUAGAAAUUGUAUUUGACAAAACUUAGAAAAAAACAAAUAAACUAGAUGAUUCCAUCAAACCGAAAGGUAUGGAGUAUAGAAAACUGAUCAAUGCACAAAUUUAAGAAUAAGAAAGGGAGAAAAUACAUUCUAUUCAAGCAGGACUUACCAGUAGAAAUAAUAAAUAGUCAGAGUAAUUUGUUUUCAAUUAAAAUUUAGUGUUGUGUCUCAUAAUAAUAUCAUGUAAAAGAAUUACAAAGUGAAAAGAAGAAAAUCAUUUUCCUUAAAGUAAUAAUAACUUAUGAUGCUUUCUUAAUAAGUUCAGAAUCAUGAGUUUCUUAAAUAAAAUCCAAAUCUUGAUAAUUUCUUGUCAGAUUAAUAAUAACCCAAAAGUAGUAGGCAUCUCAAAAUCAAUACAGAACCAAAACCACAACCUAGAAUCAAACAAGAUGAUGAUUUUGACUAUGACCAGAAAGCACAUAAAAACCAAUUUAAUUAAGUUUAAGUUCGAAAAAUACUACACCCCUCCUUAGAUGAGUAAUUCUUGGGAUAGAAAAGAAUAUGGAUUCCAGGAUUCUUGAAUUAUAAAUACACAGACAUCUAAUCUGGUCUUCCUUCUACAAGAAAAGGCAGUCGGCCUAUGACUGAUCGCUUUUGA